AUGGCACACGAGACUACGAGAUCCAGAGAAACAGAAACCCCUCAGACCCGUACUUUGCAGGGCAAGGUCGCCAUUGUCACGGGCGGCUCUCGCGGCAUCGGCAGGGGUAUAGCUCUCGAGCUCGCCAACCGCGGUGCCAAUGUCCUCAUCACAUACGCAAAUUCCAAGGCUCAAGCAGAGGAGGUUACCCGCGAGAUUCGGGCACUCGGAGUUGAUUCCAUUGCGGUUGCUGCCGCGGGAACGGACCGAACAGCACCCCAAGCCAUCGUCAAAGCUGUUGCCGACAAAUGGGGAACCAUCGACAUUAUCGUCAACAACGCAGCCACCGGAGGCGAGUUCGGACUACUUGAAACGACGACCGAACUUUUCGAGACACAAACCACCGUCAACCUUUGGUUCCCGCUUUUCCUCAUCAAAGAGGCGGUCCCCUACUUCGGACCUGCGCCGAGAAUCGUCAACAUGUCCAGCAUAUAUGCGAGGAGUGGCCAUUCCGGGUGUUUGGUCUAUUCAGCCUGUAAGGGAGCUAUGGAGAGUGCUACUCGGUCGCUGGCCCGGGAGCUCGGGCACAAGUACAACGCUACGGUCAACUGCGUUAAUCCGGGCCCUGUGAACACUGAUUUGUGGGCCAAGGCAGUGGAAACUCCAGAAGCUCAGAAGUUCUGGGAAGCAGCCAUUCAGGACACGCCUGCGGCUCCUAGAGUCGCAGAGGUGGAUGAUGUGGCACAAAUAAUUGCUUUCCUAUGUGAGGAAAGAAGCCGCUGGACGACGGGGAGCGUGGUGAAUGCAAACGGCGGUAUGCUGUUCGUGUAG